AUGUACUUAGGCGACCUUUUAGCAGCUUUGUUUCAAGUAGCAUACGGUUCACGAGUUUCUUCUGAUUCGAAAGUUAUUUGUGAAGCGCGCAAACUCUUACUAUCUCUUUUAUCAACACUGCCUAAACAUCAUGCUAUGCAACAAUUGCUGAUUUUGCAAGGAGGCCGUCCUCAAAGUAACAAAAAUGCCCCGCUUUCUAAGGUGAAAAUGUCACCUUCACCUCCGUGGCUUAGAAGGGCUUGCGGUCGCCUGCUUUCUUAUCUUCUAGUCUCACCACCGUCUGGAUCCUCGGGAGUCGUUAAUUCUUCACACGCACCUUCGCCAGAGGCUCCAAAUGGUAUUGCCAGUCUUAUUCUUGCUGUUAUGGCUUGUUGCGGUGCCGGUUCUCUGGAAGGUUCCUCGUCUUGUCAUAAUCCUAAGCAAACCCCAUACUUGAUUACUUCAUUAGCCCAUCUUCUCUCCAGACCCCCUUUUCAACCAGCAUCAAAACGAGAACAGGAAAAAAACAGUUAUUUUUUAUUAUCUGACUGUGACCCUGGGUCGAAUAAUUUAGUAGAUUGUGGUGCAAAUAAGCCAUCAGAUAAAUGGAUUAAUGAUUAUUUUAAAUGUAUUUCUGAUCAGUUUUCAGCUCUUGUAAUGUCAUAUAUCAAUGCUUUGCUUGUCGCUGAUCCUGUGUCCAGCAAUACUCCUAUCCACUUGGCCUAUCCCAUUUUUAUUGCCACUACACACGAAGUUUGUCGGGUGUUUCCAACCUCAGGUUUACUCCAUUUCAUUUCUCCAUUUUUCACGGAUAUUGAUCAACUUUAUUCUUGCUGUAGACAUUUUCUCCAUAAUGGUUUAUAG